ACGUUCUUCAUCGGUGUUUCCUCCUUCACGCGGCUCUCCCUCUAAACAAUUUUCCGUUUUACGUUUUCUCGGGUAGUGGUCGUUUUCUUCGUUUUGUGGGAAUCAUCGUUACAGCUUAAUAAUACACGCAGGGGACGGGGCCUGAUUACUUUACACAUACUGCAACUGUCAAUUUUGUUUUUCUUAUUAUUGUGCAUUUCUGUUUUCAUCUCAGUUUUCGUAAAGAAAUCCCACAUCAAUCCCAGGCUUCAAGUUCAUCAAAACCCAGGUCUGUUUCCUGUUUCUUCUAUCUGAAAGGUGUAAUUUAUUUACACGGGUUUCUGAUUCGUCUAUAAAUUCGUUGGACAAUUGAGGUUUUCUGAUGAACCCUAUUGAAAUAUGUGCAAACAUUUUUGCGUUAAUAAUUGAACAUCUAUUGUUUAAUGAAUAAAUAUAUAUGCAUGUAUUUCUGUUGUUUAUCAUAAAUUUGGCGUCUUCCCCGAUGGUUAUGAAUAUCCCUCACUCUUUCCGUUUUUGUUUCUCUAAUUUUGCUUCCUUUUGUCGAACGUCGUUUUGGUAAUUUCCUAGAUGCCACUCAAAACAGCUAUUGCUUCGUUUUGUUUUCAUGAAGAAUGAUGGUUGCUUGUCACCCGCGUGCUUGAAUCUUUUCUGGAACUUACGACAUCUGAAGCAGUUGGGAAACGCUCUUGUGAAAUACACUAUACGAGUACUAAAAUUUACUAAUUGUUUAAAGUAGCAGCUUUGUUCUUCGUCUUGUGAUGGAAUGGUUAUGAUAUUAAUAGAUGUGCUUGCCAGAUUUUCCAGAUUUGGUACUUCCAUCAUUUUGACUGAGAUUCUGUAAUGUGGGUUUGUUUUCUUAGGUAUGUUACUAUUUAUAUGUCGUCUAAAAUGGAAUGAGUCACAAUGUUGAGAAAAGCAAAGUUGUAUCAAUUGCAAUUUGGCAUCAGGGUGUUUCUUUAGAAGAGUAGUAGAAUGGAAAGAAGAAGAAUAGAUGACUAUGAACCAGGACCAGUACCUUCUCCGAGAGCAUUGGACAGGUUUGGAUUUGUGAAGCAGGAAACUAGUAAUUCUCCAGAAGGUUUAACAAAGGGAAGGUCGUCUGCCGAGUAUGAGAGGGAUGAAAGAAGCGUUAGGAAAUGGAGGAAGAUGAUUGGUGUAGGAGGGAGCGAUUGGAAGCAUUAUGUUAGGAGAAAACCCCAUGUGGUCAAAAGACGCAUAAGGAAAGGAAUUCCUGACUGUUUAAGGGGUCUUGUUUGGCAGUUGAUCUCUGGAAGCCGGGACCUUUUGCUGUUGAAUCCUGGUGUUUACGAGCAACUUGUAAUAUAUGAGACAUCAGCUUCAGAACUUGAUAUAAUUCGAGAUAUAUCUCGUACUUUUCCAUCACACGUUUUUUUCCAGCAGAGACAUGGACCUGGUCAAAGGUCCCUCUACAAUGUGCUGAAGGCUUAUUCUGUCUAUGAUAGAGAUGUUGGUUAUGUUCAGGGAAUGGGUUUUUUAGCAGGUCUUUUGCUUCUUUAUAUGAGCGAAGAGGAUGCAUUUUGGUUAUUGGUGGCGUUGCUAAAAGGGGCUGUGCAUGCUCCAAUGGAAGGAUUGUAUCAGGUAGGGCUGCCUCUUGUACAGCAGUACCUGUUUCAGUUUGACCUCUUGGUGAAGGAGCAAAUGCCGAAGCUUGGAGAACACUUCACUCAGGAGAUGAUAAAUCCUAGCAUGUAUGCAAGUCAGUGGUUCAUAACAGUUUUCUCAUACUCAUUUCCUUUCCCUCUGGCUCUUCGAAUUUGGGAUGUAUUUCUCCAUGAGGGUGUUAAAAUAGUUUUCAAAGUUGGUUUGGCCUUGUUAAGAUAUUGCCAUGAUGAUCUGAUUAAAUUACCCUUUGAGAAACUCAUACAUGCCCUGCGCAACUUUCCUGCCGAAGCAAUGGAUCCUGAUGUGUUACUUCCAAUGGCUUACUCAAUAAAGGUAUCCAAGCAGUUAGAAGAUCUAAAGCACGAAUAUGAGAAGAAAUGCGGAAAACUAGUACCAUCUGUAGAAUUUGCAGAAAAAUCUGUCAUGACAAAAGUUCUGGUCUUCGGAGGAAAAGCCAGCUAGUCAGCGUGUAGAUUGUAAUUAUUUUAUUCUUUUUUUUAGCCACUCUGUUUGUACAUGUGGAGAAGAAUCUGUGUAUCAGAUGGUGAUUUCAGUAUUAUCAACUGAACGAUUUUAGUAGUGCGCAUGCUGCGUCAAUGCAUAUAACAUUUGGAACUUGAUUUGUGAAAUCUUUUAAUUGAUAAUGGAGAGAUCCAUCUGGUCCGUCCUUUUUUUGUAAA